AUGUACUGGACGGCUCCAGAACUUCUGAGGCAAGAUCAGCUCCCGUUCAAUGGCACACCCAAGGGGGACAUCUACAGCUUUGCAAUGAUUAUGCGUGAGCUGAUCUAUAGCUCAGAGGUGGGUCCAUACCACGAUAUCCAGCUGGAGCCAAAAGGUGUGUUAUUUAUUGAUUCUAGAAGGUCCUUGAAAACACCACAAAUAAUAAGGUUGGAAAUAAUUAUGUGAAGGUAAAAUGUUGGAUUUGUGCUACCUGAAGUAAAUCUAAGAUUGUGUAAAAUCUGUCUGUAUUGUUCUGUAUCAAGUUAAUUAGAAACUGGGUCUGGGACAUGGCAGUUUUGUUGCACUUGGUAUCACGUUGUGUAGAAGGUUUUUGGUCUCUCAUUGGUUUUCUCCAGAGAUUAUCAAGCAAUUGCGGAUCCCUCUCUUAGGGGAGCCCCUCAGGCCGACCUUGUGCCCCCAGAUGUGCAACGAGGGGUUGGCCGACCUUCUGAAGGCCUGCUGGAGCGAGAACCCUGACUACAGACCCCCCUUUGGAUCCAUCAGAAGACAGCUGAAGGAGACCAGCCCAGAAAGGUCAGUCAUGGAGAGACAAGCCCAGACAGGGACAGACUUGCCCGGACAGUAAGAGACCAACCUAGACAGGGAGAGACCAGUCCAGACAGGGAGAGACCAACCCAGACACGGAGAGACCAGCCAGCCCAGACAGGGAGAGACCAACCUAGACAGUGACUAACCAGCCCAGGCAGCCCAGACAUUCCUUAUACGGCGGACCAGUAUGUACAAAACAAUCUUCUUGAGUUCCAGAAGGUUCCAUGUUGUAGCUGAAAGGUUUGUCUGCCUGGUUGAGUGAUUAUCCUGUAAGGGCCAGACAAAUUGGUUUUCAGCUUAUGUCCUCUCAGUGAUCUCUUUACCCAGAAACAAUCUCCAACUUGCAGUGAGGGAUCCUCCUUGACAUUGUUACUUUUGUCGUAGUACUCCCUUUGAGCAUCCUGAUGUUUCUGUACUUCCGUCAUUAGCUUUUCGUCGUCAAGUGGUUUGUUAGCCACAAAGGGUGGACUGACUGUAUCCAGCGGGACUCUCCAGGUUCUUACAAUCAUGAGCUCGACGGGUGUUUUUCCCAUUACAUUGUGAGGCGUCCGAGAACUGUUUUCCUUCUUGGAGUAGGGCACGAAGACAAUACUUCAGGACUUUAUUAAACCUCUCUACAUCUACAUUGGCUAGUGGAUAGUAUAACAGGGUCUUCUGUACUUUUUUGUAAAAGUAGGACGUGAAGUCAGCAUGGAAUUGCUGGCCAUUAUCAGUCACUAGAACUUGAGGCAUUUUUAUGUGAACAGAUCUUUUAAAGUCAAUUGAUCACAGUUGCUGUGGUCACAUCGCUUGUGGCUAUGACUUCAAGCCUUUUACUGUACAGGUCUGUCACAACGAUCAGGUACUGCUGGAGAGCUAGAGCUUCUUGUAGUUCUCUGAAGAUAUCCACUUGAAUCUUCUCCCAAGGUUCUUUAGGCCAUGGUAUUGGUUAUAGUGGUGGUUUCUCUGGUCUGAGCGAUUUUUCACUCAGUGCGCAGGGCACACAGUUUUUCAAAAAGUUGGUGACAUCGUCAUCCAUCUUUGGCUAACAUACUUUGCUUCGAAGAAACUGUUUCAUCUUUCUUGUUGCUGGGUGUCCUUCAUGUGCUCCGGUGAGCACUCUGUGUCUGAAUGUGAUCUGUAAAUGGUACGGUCUCAUCUUUCAACCCAUGAUUUUUCCACUGAAAUGUUUGUCUCUUACUAUGUAUGAAAUGAGUCGUUUUUCUCUUGGUGGACCUUUCCAUCCUUUUUCCAUCUAGCAUAGCACUUCACUUAGUACUGGAUCUUGUAGUGUCUCUUGAGAGCUUUUCAGGUGUGAUGGCUGCUUGUAACUCCUCAAUGAAGGUAUGUUGAAUGAAGAGCUCAUCUUCCUCUUCAUCUAAGUAAGAAUUCACUGUACCAUCGUCUUGUGGCACCAUUCUCGAAAUGGAGUCAGCACCGUUGUUUGACUUUCCUGGGCAAAACUCUGUUUUGUACGAGUACUGGGCAUGCCGAUCUGACCAUCUGGAGAUUCUCAUGGGCUAUCUUCCUCUUCCUGAGGCCAGCAGAAUGGUUGUCAAGGCCUGAGGAUCUGUUCUGAGGGUAAACGGUCAAAUUAAGAAGUGCCAUUUCUCCAUGCUCUAUACACAAGGCAGCACUUCUCUUUCUCAGACUGAGUAUCUCUGUUCAGUGGCUGACAGGGUCUCUGAUGCAUAAGCAAGUGGUUGUUCUUCUCCAUCCAUGAUCUGUGAUAGGACUGCGCCUGAAGCAUUGCAGGUAAGGAACGUAAUUCGACCUGGGUGGAAGUAAGCCAGAACAGGUGGUUCUGCUAUUGCAGGCACAUUGUCACACACCCUCCCCUUAAGUCUCAGCUUCUUUAGUAGCUGAGCACAGGACUUGGGUACCAAGGCUCAGACAGCCUGUGAAAAAGGGCCCAGCAUUGAUUGCCAAUGGGUUUGUAGAUUGUUUGUUAAGGGGCGGAAAUGGGCACAAUGUUUGUACAGUAGAUGGGGACCGAGAGGCAAUCCAUGGUCAGAGAAGGGCUUGCCCCUCUGCCCAACAGCAGCACCCAGGAUAGGCAAACCAGAGCUCACCUGUGAUGGGAUUUUAGCACAGGGCUCCCCAGGGCACAGAGAGAGGAACUUGGGGAAUCACCAGUCAGCACUGGUGACUCAGGGGAGAUGGAAACCUCCACCUCUAAGACAGGAGUAGCAGUGGGCCUUCUUUAAGACCCAGCAGCUUAGUAGGACCCUCCAGUGGGCCCUGUGCCUCGGAAAGUAGGCACUCCUCUUCUGGGACAGGAAUAGUGACAGGAGUAGGGCUGUUACAGUGACCGUAUUACCGCCACACUGGCAGUCACGAGUCAUGACGGCAGUCAAAUUCCACGUGACCGUUUAGUCACGGUAACUAGGCUUCUCCAAACUCUGAUGUUGCUGAUGGUCAUUAGUAGCCUACCAAACUUGCUAACUGCCUGGUACUCAGCACUCUAUCGUCCCGCUAAUCACUCUGACAUCAAUGCAAAUGUAAUUCGAAAAUCUAAUCAAACACUUCAUGAGAUCCCAUGAGCUCAUGUUGUGCAACAUUUCUAGAGGUUAUGCAAUUGCGUGAGAAAACAGAAUGAUAGCCUCUAUUCAAAAUAGGAGGAUCCCUUCAGCCUUCUAUAGGCUAGGCCUAACAUAAUUAUUUCUCAACUUUCCUAAUAUUAAGCACAUUGCUUCUCUUUACAACAGGAGUAUAGCCUACCUGGCUAGCAUGAAAAUGAACCACGGGAAUAGUGUCCUCCAUUCGCUAUUUAAGUGCAUAGAUGACAUGUAUUUUUUCCCCCUGCCCCUGUUUCGAGACAGGUGCAUGAUAAUGGUCCCUUCUAAAUAAGAACAAAUUUCACACAUACAGUACCAGUCAAAAGUUUGGACACACCAACUCAUUCAAGGGUUUUUCUUAAUUUAUACUAUUUUUUACAUUGUAGAAUAAUAGUGUUAAACAAAUCAAAAUAUAUUUUCUAUUUGAGAUUCUUCAAAUAGCCACCAUUUGCCUUGAUGACAGCUUUGCAUACUCUUGGCAUUCUCUCAACCAGCUUCACCUGGAAUGCUUUUCCAACAGUCUUGAAGGAGUUCCCACAUAUGCUGAGCACUUGUUGGCUGCUUUUCCUUCACUCUGCCGUCCGACUCAUCACAAACCAUCUCAAUUGGGUUGAGGUUGGGGGAUUGUGGAGGCCAGGUCAUCUGAUGCAGCACUCCAUCACUCUCCUUCUUGGUAAAAUAGCCCUUACACAGCCUGGAGGUGUGUUUGUUGAAAAACAAAUGAGAGUCCCACUAAGCCCAAACCAGAUGGGAUGGCAUAUUGAUGCAGAAUGCUGUGGUAGCCAUGCUGGUUAAGUGUGCCUUGAAUUUUAAAUAAAUCACAGACAGUGUCACCAGCAAAGCACCACCACACCAUCACACCUCCUCCGCCAUGCUUUACAGUGGGAACUACACAUGCGGAGAUCAUCCGUUCACCCACACCGCGUCUCACAAAGACACGGCGGUUGGAACCAAAAAUCUCCAAUUUGGACUCCAGACCAAAGGACACAUUUCCACCAGUCUAAUGUCCAUUGCUCGUGUUUCUUGGCCCAAGCAGGUCUCCUUCUUAUUGGUGUCCUUUAGUAGUGGUUUCUUUGCAGCAAUUCGACCAUGAAGGCCUGAUUCACACAGUCCCUUCUGAACAGUUGAUGUUGAGAUGUGUCUAUUACUUGAACUCUGUGAAGCAUUUACUUGGGCUGCAAUUUCUGAGGCUGGUAACUCUAAUGAACUGAUCCUCUGCAGCAGAGGUAACUCUGGGUCUUCCAUUCCUGUGGCGGUCCUCAUGAGAGCCAGUUUCAUAGCGCUUGAUGGUUUUUGCGACUGCACUUGAAGAAAUUUUCAAAGUUCUUGAAAUGUUCCGUUUUGACUGACCUUCAUGUCUCAAAGUAAUGAUGGACUGUCGUUUCUCUUUGCUUAUUUGAGCUGUUCUUGCCAUAAUAUGGACUUGGUCUUUUACCAAAUAGGGCUAUCUUCUGUAUACACCGCCCUACCUUGUCACAACAUAACUGAUUGGCUCAAACGCAUUAAGAAGGAAAUAAAUUACACAAAUUAACUUUUAAGAAGGCACACCUGUUAAUUGAAAUGCAUUCCAGGUGACUACCUCAUGAAGCUGGCUGAGAGAAUGCCAAGAGUGUGCAAAGCUGUCAUCAAGGCAAAGGGUGGCUAUUUUAAGAAUAUACAAUAUAAAAUAUAUUUAGAUAUGUUUAACACUUUUUUGGUUACUACAUGAUUCCAUAUUUACAUUUACAUUUACAUUUACAUCAUUUAGCAGACACUCUUAUCCAGAGCGACUUACAAAUUGAUGCAUUCAACUUAUAAUAGCCAGUUGGACAAGCACUUUUUUUUCAUGUGUUAUUUCAUAGUUUUGAUGUCUUCACUAUUAUUCUACAAUGGAAGAAAUAGUACAAAUUAAGAAAAAGCCUUUGGUGUGUCCAAACUUCUGACUGGUAGUGUACAUUAUUUAGUAUAUGUAAAGACAAGAUUAAAUCAAGAACAGUCUGAUGGGUGACAAUAUUAGCCUAUCACUUGUGAAUUAUAUAUUAUCACGUGUGAAUGAUGCCCAGCUUGUGUGCAGUAAGGCAAGAAACAGCACAUGCCUUUUUAUUUGCGACUUUUUCAAAUUAUAGUUGCGCACCUCAUGUAUUCUAGCCCACAGGCCUAUAUGUUUUGAUAAGGUUUGUAUCACAACUAAAGUGGCCAAAUACCUUCUUAAAAUUAAGCACAUUAAUCCGCUUUACAACGUGUGUAGAGCAUCACUGGCAUACAUAUGCAACGCCUGAGUUUCAAGUUUGGGGAAGAUAAUUUUCACCAUAAAAAUGCACCUUUUUAAUAAAAGCAUUACAUGCAUAAUCACAUUUGCGGUCACUUCUGAGAUGGUGUUUUCCUGCUAAUUGAUUGCAUUUUUGGAACAUUCAAGCUUAUAGCCUACUGGCGUGUGGGCAUUGCUGCGCUUAUAAUGUGAGGAAGUAGCCUAAUAGUUUAUCAACAUUUUAAGCUAAACGUUCUGAUCUGUUGCAUCAGCCUCAUUGCUUAAAAAAGUUAUUUGAUGCUAGUGGUUGUAUUCAUUUGGGAUCUAUCGCAUUCCACAACUGUCCCAUACUAUGUUUGGAAUAUUUUUCGCACAGAAUAGGUCAACUUUUGUACUAUGGGGGAUAGUAGAUUGACAUAGCCUGACGAAAGUAAAUGUGGACAGAACUGAGCUAUCUGAGAGAGCCAUGUGAGUGAGAGGAGCUUCGGAGCAAGCAGCCAGGAGAAGGGAAUUAUAAUUAUUUUAUUCAGCCCAAGGGCACAACGGCCACUGGCCACAAAAGGCAUGGAUUUUUUUAGGGGGCAUUGCGGCCACACAAAGGUGAUGCCGCCAGGAAAUUCAAGGCAUUAUCAAGUCAAAUUGUAAAUGAGAGACUGAUUAAAUAUGUGCAGCCUGUGCAAAUAACAAAGGAGAGCUCAUGCCUUUCAUGAGACUUUUUUCAAAUCAUCAUUAGAGUCGCAUCAUGCACACUUAAAAUGUAUUAAAAAUACAAACGUUGGGCUAUAUAUUUUGAUCACAACUAAAGUUGCAUAAAUAACUCUAAAUUAAGCAUAUACAGUGAGGGAAAAAAGUAUUUGAUCACCUGCUGAUUUUGUAUGUUUACCCACUGACAAAGAUAUGAUCAGUCUAUAAUAUUAAUGGUAGGUUUAUUUGAACAGUGAGAGACAGAAUAACAACAAUAAAAUCCAGAAAAACGCAUGUCAAAAAUGUUAUAAAUUGAUUUGCAUUUUAAUGAGGGAAAUAAGUAUUUGACCCCCUCUCAAUCAGAAAGAUUUCUGGCUCCCAAGUGUCUUUUAUACAGGUAACGAGCUGAGAUUAGGAACACACUCUUAAAGGGAGUGCUCCUAAUCUCAGUUUGUUACCUGUAUAAAAGACACCUGUCCACAGAAGGAAUCAAUCAAUCAGAUUCCAAACUCUCCACCAUGGCCAAGACCAAAGAGCUCUCCAAGGAUGUCAGGGACAAGAUUGUAGACCAACACAAGGCUGGAAUGGGCUACAAGACCAUCGCCAAGCAGCUUGGUGAGAAGGUGACAACAGUUGGUGUGACUAUUCGCAAAUGGAAGAAACACAAAAUAACUGUCAAUCUCCCUCGGCCUGGGGCUCCAUGCAAGAUCUCACCUCGUGGAGUUGCAAUGAUCAUGAGAACGGUGAGGAAUCAGCCCAAAACUACACGGGAGGAUCUUGUCAAUGAUCUCAAGGCAGCUGGGACCAUAGUCACCAAGAAAACAAUUCGUAACACACUAUGCCGUGAAGGACUGAAAGCCUGCAGCACCCGCAAGGUCCCCCUGCUCAAGAAAGCACAUAUACAGGGCCGUCUGAAGUUUGCCAAUGAACAUCUGAAUGAUUCAGAGGAGAACUGGGUGAAAGUGUUGUGGUCAGAUGAGACCAAAAUGGAGCUCUUUGGCAUCAACUCAACUCGCCGUGUUUGGAGGAGGAGGAAUGCUGCCUAUGACCCCAAGAACACCAUCCCCACCAUCAAACAUGGAGGUGGAAACAUUAUGCUUUGGGGGUGUUUUUCUGCUAAGGGGACAGGACAACUUCACCGCAUCAAAGGGACGAUGGACGGGCCAUGUACCAUCAAAUCUUGGGUGAGAACCUCCUUCCCUCAGCCAGGGCAUUGAAAAUGGGUUGUGGAUGGGUAUUCCAGCAUGACAAUGACCCAAAAUACACGGCCAAGGCAACAAAGGAGUGGCUCAAGAAGAAGCACAUUAAGGUCCUGGAGUGGCCUAGCCAGUCUCCAGACCUUAAUCCCAUAGAAAAUCUGUGGAUGGAGCUGAAGGUUCAAGUUGCCAAACUUCAGCCUCGAAACCUUAAUGACUUGGAGAAGAUCUGCAAAGAGGAGUGGGACAAAAUCCCUCCUGAGAUGUGUGCAAACCUGGUGGCUAACUACAAGAAACGUCUGACCUCUGUGAUUGCCAACAAGGGUUUUGCCACCAAGUACUAAGUCAUGUUUUGCAGAGGGGUCAAAUACUUAUUUCCCUCAUUAAAAUGCAAAUCAAUGUAUAACAUUUUUUUCUGGAUUUUUUGUUGUUAUUCUGUCUCUCACUGUUCAGAUAAACCUACCAUUAAAAUUAUAGACUGAUCAUUCCUUUGUCAGUGGGCAAACGUACAAAAUCAGCAGGGGAUCAAAUACUUUUUUCCCUCACUGUAGGAAGACCUGUUUCUUUGUUAGCCGCUCAACACAUAAUAGCCGCAUGUACGCACUCACUCAGAAAUAUUUUGGAGAAAACAUCCUUUCUAUUUUAUUCAGCUAUUGUUCAAUUGUAUUCUUCAUACUGGCAUAGCCAGACCAGGGCCUAACAUAAGGACAAGGAGUAUGCUCUUCUGUUCUUCUGAAAUAGACUACAUUUUCUUCAUAUCAUGUUUCUUCAGACCUGUCUAAAAUACUUAAGGGAUUGAUUGUGAUGGUGUAGGCUAUAGAUUUAUUAUACUUUUUUUAAAUGUAGAUGUUCCAAAGGUCUGCAUCAGUGGCUUGUAGGCUAUGUGUGGAAGCCAGGAGAUGCUAAAUGUGAUUAUGUUAAUUAACGAUCAAUUACCGUGAGACCGGCAGUUAUUUGCUUGACCAUCACCGGCUGACAGAAUGUUAUGACCGCCACAGCCCUAGACAGGAGGAAGCAGUUGCAGCUCCUCCUCAGCUGGAAGAGUAGGGGACACCUCCCCCACAGGAGAAGGUAUCUCCUCGAUGGUAACCAGAGCCUCAGACGGCUCCAGCUGCAGCUCUGGAACACCAGGAACUGGGGUGGCCCUCUCACUCCUUCUAAAAACUCCAGGAGAAACCACUGCACUUGGUGGUACUCCUCACAUGGCGAAUCAGUAGGGUAGGACUCACACCAACCCCGCUAUGAUGAAGGGAAGGACUGGCUGAGGAACUCAAUGAUGACAGCUGUAGCGUCGAUGGGGUCUUCCUCCCCUCGCAGCCACUCCCACCAGGCCACAGCCACUCCUUAACUGGUACUCAAUGUACUUGUCCUCCAUGUUGAUUGAUUUGUUGAACAAAAUGAUGUCCUUGCACUGUCUGAAAAAACUCUAUCUGUAGACUGGAUCCCACUGCUGCCACAAAAUGUUAAACACAGACUUUAAACAGGCAAAUUCUCAAUGAACAGUGAUACCACAUUUGAAUGGCGAUAUGAAAGUGCAAUUCACAUUACAAUGGCCAUACUUAACUGAUUAAUGCAAACAAAGGUAUAAUUAGCAUAAACAUUAACAUUCAGUUAGUCACCCCCAAACUCAGGCAAAUGCCAGAAGGGCUGGUCCAUUUUUUGCUUAGUGUGCCUUUCUAACUUGUUGGGUUUUUUUUCCGCAAAAUUAUAAUUAUCUAGCUAAUAAUGGGGACCUCAAGGAAUAAAAUGGGCUGGUGUGGGGGCCUAGAGGAAAACAAAUCUGCUGUUGUGGGGGCCUCAAGGGAAGAAAUGGGCCAGAGUGUUAGAAAUGCAAGAGCCGAUUUUUGGUCCCAGGCCGCCCCUGCCUAAGCUAAUUAUGUUUUCACUAUGAUUAUUGUUUUCCUCAUGUAAGAUCAGUCUAUACUGUUUAUCGACUCAUCAAUGUUAUACUUCUCAGUCAUGCGAAUAUCCUUGACAACAUGGUGAACAAGUUGGAGAGAUAUGCCAAUCACCUGGAGGAAGUGGUUGAAGAGAGAACCAAACAGCUUACAGCAGAGAAGACCAGGGCGGACAAACUUCUCUCCAGUAUGUUACCAAGGUAACACAGGCAUUGUACCUACAAGCGCUUGGAUUCUGUAAAAAUAAACAUUCCAAGAUAAUUGCGCUACAAAUAUUGUGAUUUUUAAGAUAUUAUUGUUGCAGAAUUCAGUGCUGUUUUGUGGACAGAAACUCCGCCCUGAGUGUCAGAACAUUGGUGUAACAUACAAUUUGUAUAUAUUUAACCAUCUCCAAUGACUUUCCUGGCUUGACUGACAGGUACAUAGCGGACCACCUGAUGGCUGGGAAGUCGGUGGAGCCUCAGGGUUUUGACAUGGUGACCAUCUUUUUCUCGGACAUCGUGGGCUUCACCACCAUGUGCUCCAUUAGCUCCGCCCUGGAGGUGGUCACCGUCCUCAAUGACCUCUACAGUCUCUUUGAUGAGAUCAUCAAGCUCUACGAUGUCUACAAGGUACAUUACACCUGUACAAUAAUUUUAAAGUGUUAGACAGACCCCAGUUUUUUGGGGUACCACUGUACAUUAACUUACUUAGUUAUUAGGGUAUGGUAAAGCUUUAUUGAAGGCUCCCUACAUAAUUCAUUAUCCCUACAUAAUGCAUAAGCAGUAAAUUAGUAUUUUAAUAAAUAACUUAUGAAAUGUUGAUGUAGGCUACUGUUUAUGAAUACAUUAUGGGUUCUGCAUGUGCCUUCAGAAAGUAUUCACACCCCUUGACUUUUCCCCAAAAAAUGGUGUUACAGCCUGAAUUUUAAAUGGUUUACAUUUAGAUUGUUGUCACUGGUCUACAGUGGCUUACGAAAGUAUUCACCCCCCUUGGCAUUUUUCCUAUGUUGUUGCCUUACAACCUGAAAUUAAAAUUGAUUUUUGGGGGGUUUGUAUCAUUUGAUUUACACAACAUGCCUACCACUUUGAAGAUGCAAAAUAAUUUUUUGGGUGAAACAAACAAGAAAUAAGACAAAAAAACAGAACACUUGAGCGUGCAUAACUAUUCACCCCCCCAAAGUCAAUACUUUGUAGAGCCAGCUUUUGCAGCAAUUACAGCUGCAAGGCUCUUUGGGUAUGUCUCUAUAAGCUUGGCACAUCUAGCCACGGGGAUUCCUGCCCAUUCUUCAAGGCAAAACGGCUCCAGCUUCUUCAAGUUGGAUUGGUUCCCCUUAAACCACUCGAGUGUUGCUUUAGCAGUAUGCUUAGGGUCAUUGUCCUGCUGGAAGGUGAACCUCCGUCCCAGUCUCAAAUCUCUGGAAGACUGAAACAGGUUUCCCUCAAGAAUUUCCCUGUAUUUAGCGCCAUCCAUCAUUCCUUCAAUUCUGACCAGUUUCCCAGUCCCUGUGGGGAUGGUGUUCUUGGGGUGAUUAGAGGUGUUGGGUUUGCGCCAGACAUAGCAUUUUCCUUGAUGGCCAAAAAGCUCAAUUUUGACCAGAGUACUUUCUUCCAUAUGUUUGGGGUGUCUCCCCCAUGGCUUUCGACGAACACCAAACGUGUUUGCUUAUUUAUGUCUUUAAGCAAUGGCUUUUAUCUGGCCACUCUUCCGUAAAGCCCAGCUCUGUGGAGUGUAUGGCUUAAAGUGGUCCUAUGGACAGAUACUCCAAUCUCCACUGUGGAGCUUUGCAGCUCCUUCAGGGUUAUCUUUGGUCUCUUGUUGCCUCUCUGAUUAAUGCCCUCCUUGCCUGGUCCGUGAGUUUUGGUGUGUGGCCCUCUCUUGGCAGGUUUGUUGUGGUGCCAUAUUCUUUAAAAAUUUUAAUAAUGGAUUUAAUGGUGCUCCGUGGGAUGUUAAACGUUUCUUGGUGGCGCCCCUUGCUUAGUGGUGUUGCAGACUCUGGGGCCUUUCAGAACAGGUGUACAUACACUGAGAUCAUGUGACACUUAGUUUGCACACAGGUGGACUUUAUUUAACUAAUUAUGUGACUUCUGAAGGUAAUUGGUUGCACCAAGUCUUAUUUAGGGGCUUCAUAGCAAAGGGGCUGAAUACAUAUGCACGCACCACUUUUCCGUUAUUUAUUUUUUUGAAUUUCUUGAAACAAGUCAUUUUUUUCAUUUCACUUUACCAAUUUGGACUACUUUGUGUAUGUCCAUUACAUGAAAUCCAAAUAAAAAUCUAUUUAAAUUACAGGUUGUAAUGCAACAAAAUAGGAAAAACACCAAGGGUGUGAUGAGGUGGUGUUGAAGGAGUCAGGCGCAGGAGGGUAAAUCACAGAAUAACAGGCUUUAAUCCGCAAAAUACAGGUUUACGCAGAAAUACGUGAAACACACUCCAGGGCACAAAACAGGCGCACUGGAAAACACAAGGCACAUGGGAAAAUACUCCCGUCGAUACAAAAUACACGAGCUCCACUAACCUCCACAAUAAACAAUCACCCACACAGACAAGGAAGCAGAGGGAACACUUAUACAAUGACUAAUGAGGGAAUAAGGACCAGGUGUGUGUGAUUGAAGACAAGACAAUUGGAGUGAUGGUAAAUGGAUCGGCAGUAGCUAGUAAGCCGGUGAAGCAAACGCCGAAACCUGCCCGAACAAGGAGGAGAGGCAGCCUCGGCAGAAGUCGUGACAGUACCCCCACCUUGAUGCACGGCUCCAGGAUCGCGCCGACCCCGGCCUCUGGGACGGCCAGGAGGAUGCGGAGCAGGGCGAGCCAGAUGGCGACAGUGGAAAUCCCGUAACAUGGAGGGAUCGAAGAUAUCCCACACCGGGACCCAGCACCGUUUCUCUGGACCGUACCCCUCCCACUCCACAAGGUUCUGAAGGCCCCCCACCCCCCACCCGACGCCUCGAAUAGAGGAUGGAACGGACAGAGUACGCCGGGGCCCCCUCGAUGUCCAGAGGAGGUGGAGGGACCUCCCGCACCUCAGACUCCUGGAGCGGACCAGCUACCACCGGCCUGAGGAGAGACACAUGAAACGAGGGGUUUAUACGGUAAUCAGGGGGAAGUAAUAACCUAUAAGUGACCUCGUUGACUCUCCUCAGGACUUUGAACGGCUCCACAAACCGCGGGCAGAUUCCGGGUCGAGAGCCAGACCCGAUCCCCCGGUACAAAGACGGGGGCCUCACUGUGGUGGCGGUCAGCGUUGGCCUUCUAACGACACACGGCGCGUUGCAGGUAAACGUGGGCAGCAUCCCACGUCUCCUCCGCGUGCCGAAACCAGUCAUCCACCGCAGGAGCCUCGAUCUGGCUCUGGUGCCAUGGUGCCAGAACCAGUUGGUAACCUAGAACACACUGGAAAGGCGUUAGGUUAGUGGAGGAGUGGCGGAGUGAGUUCUGGGCAUAUUCUGCCCAUGGCAAGAACACUGACCAGACACUAUAUCCUCUGGUACCCCGUAGUGCCGGAAGACGUGUGUAAACAGGGCCUCCGCAGUUUGCAAAACCGUGGGAAGACCAUGAAGGAAGAAGGAGGCGGCAGGCUAUAGAAAACGGUCCACAACGACCAGGAUGGUGGUGUUACCUUGGGAGAGGGGAAGAUCAGUUAGAAAAUCAACACUUAGGUGAGACCAUGGUCAUUGUGGAACUGGUAAAGGUUGUAACUUACCAGCUGGGAGGUGCCUAGGUCCCUUACUCUGGGCGCACACUAGCAGGAGGAGACCUAUCCCCUUACGUCCUUAGCCAAGGUAGGCCACCAGUAUUUUCCGGUCAGGCAGCGCUCUGUACGGCCGAUACCUGCGUGACCAGAGGAGGGUGACGUGUGUGUGCCCAGUAGAUCAGACGAUCAUGGAUAAGAGCAGGCACGUACUGUAGGCCAUCUGGACACUGAGGUGGAGAGGGAUCCGUGCGUAAUGCCUGCUCUAUAUCCGCAUCCAUCACCCAUACUACCGGCGCCACAAUGCAGGAGGCUGGCAGUAUGGGGGUGUUGUCGCUGGGCCUCUCCUCUGUGUCAUAGAGCCGGGACAGUGUGUCUGCCUUCAUGUUCUUCGUACCCGGGAUGUAUGAUAGAGUGAAAUCAAACCGGGUGAAGAAUAGGGCCCACCUGGCCUGGCGAGGAUUCAGCCUCCUCGCUGCCCAAAUGUACUCCAGGUUACGGUGGUCCAUCCAGACGAGGAAAGGGUGUUUUGCCCCCUCGAGUCAAUGCCUCCACACGGUCAAGGCUCGGACAACAGACAACAGCUCCCGAUCACCAACGCCAUAGUUCUGCUCCGCCGGGCUGAGCUUCUUCGAGAAGAACACACAGGGGCGGAGCUUGGGUGGCGUACCCAAGCGUUGAGACAGGACAGCUCAUAUCCCAACCUCGGACGCAUCCACCUCCACUAUGAACGGUAGUGAUGAAUCGGGGUGGGCCAGUACUGGGGCUGAGGUGAACAGACUCUGCAGUUUGCUGAAGGCCAGGUCAGCCUCAGCAGACCAGCGGAGCCGGGACGGCCCACCCUUCAACAGGGAGGUAAUGGGAGCUGCGACCUUGCCAAAGCCCCGGAUAAACCUCAGAUAGUAGUUGGCAAAGCCAAGAGAAGCGCUGCACCUCCUUAACCGUGGUUGGAGUUGGCCAAUUAUGCAUGGCUGAAAUGCGAUCUCCCUCCAUCUCCACACCUGAGGUGGAAAUGCGGUAUCCAAGGAAGGCGACGGACUGCUGGAAAAACAUACACUUCUCUGCCUUAGCAUAAAGGUAAUUUUCCAACAGUCUGGCCAGCACCUUGCGAACCAGGGACACAUGCUCGGCGCGCGUAGCGGAAUACACCAGGAUGUCAUCGAUGUAGACCACUACACCGUGACCAAGCAUGUCCCGAAACAUCUUGUUCACAAAGGACUGGAAAACUGAGAGAGCAUUCAUCAAAUCAUAGGGCAUCACCAGGUAUUCAUAAUGCCCCGUGGUUGUGCUGAAUGCUGUCUUCCACUCAUCUCCCUCUCGGAUACGCACCAGGUUGUACGCACCUCUGAGAUCUAAUUUGGUGAAGAAGCGUGCCCCAUGCAUUGAUUCAAUCACUGAAGGAAUGAGGGGGAGAGGAUAACUAAAUCUUAUCGUCUCCCUGUUCAGUGGUCGAUAAUCAAUGCACGGGCGCAGACCUCCGUCCUUCUUCAUAAUGAAGAAACUCGAGGAGGCGGGUGAAGUGGAGGGACGUAUAUACCCCUGGUGCAGGGACUCGGUGACAUACUGUAUGUUUCCAUAGCCACUGUUUCAGCCUGUGACAGGGGGUAUAUAUGACUCCUGGGAAGUACAGCGUCUACCCAGAGUUUUAUCACGCAAUCCCCCGCCCGAUGAGGUGGUAAUUUAGUCGCCUACGUUUUGGAGAACGCUUGCACCAUAUCGAGGUAUUCAGGGGGAAUGCGCACGGUGGAGGUACUGUCUGGACUUUCCACUGUGGUUGCACCAACGGAAACACCUAGACACCUACCCUGACACUCUUGCGACCACCCCAUGAGAACCCUCUGAAAAAGUAACCUGCUCACAAUGAGUCUUCUGGGUAAUCAUGGUGACUGGUGCAGUAACUUCCUUAACCAACCCGGACCCUAAUGGUCGAUUAUAUCAAGUGCUCUGAUGGGGCGUGGAAUGGAUAGGGGAAUCAAUGGAAUGCCUAUACGGUGUGCGAAUGCCCUGUCCAUAAAGUUCCCAGCUGUGCCUGAAUCGACUAGCGCCUUACACUGGGAAACUACCAUGUGCUCAGGAAAAGAGAUGUGUAUUUUACAGUGUGCAGCAGAGGGCUCUGAACGAGUGUGGGUGUUCGAUACCUGGGGUGAUGCGAGAGUGCCCUGCCUGCUGCCUCCAAACCCUGAAAAGCGUUGAUGAAAACGUGGGGUGAAAUGUCCCUUCGCGCCACCAGUGUGGCACUGGCGCUGUCGUCCUCCGCUCUCUCGGCUAGUGGUUCCACCCAUCUCCAUCUGUUCUGGAUCCGAGUCGGCUGGGAUGGAAACGGGCAGACCUCUUCCAGGACGUCCUCUGGUUGCCAGCAGGUUGUCCAAACGAAUGGCCAUGUCUACCAGUUGCGAGAAGGACAACAUGGUGUCACGGCAGGCUAGCUCCCUGUCGGACAUCCUCUCGCAGAUGGCACCGGAAAUGGUCGAUCAGGGCCCGCUCGUUCCACCCGGACCCAGCUGCCAGAGUUUGAAAUUCCAAUGCGAAGUCCUGCGCAGUCCUCGUCCCCUGCCUCAGGUGGACCAGCCGCUCGCCCGCCUCUCAACCCUCGGGCGGGUGAUGGAAGACCGCCCGGAAGAUGCGAGCGAACUCCCCGUAGUUCUCCAACACGGCUCCUCCUUCGUUCCACACCACAUUGGCCCACUCCAGGGCUUUCCCCGAGAGGCAGGAGACGAGGGCGGACACCUUCUCCCACUCCGAUGGGACCGGCCGGAUGCUGGAGAAGUAGAGCUCCAGUUGGAGAAGGAAUCCUUGGCACAGCGCCGCUGUCCCGUCGAUCUCCCGUGGUCGGCAUAUCUGGAUCCCUCCGGAUGCCAGGGUGUAGGUGGCGGGAUCCGGUUGGCCAGCUGGUCUCGACAGAUCGGGCUCUCUCCUCUCCAGGCGUUGGACAACCUGAAGAACCCGAUCCAUCGCUUCACCCAAGCUGGCUAGCAUAGUUGAAUGCUCCUGGACCCGUUCCACCACUCCAGGCAUGCGCGUCUCUCCCGCUGACUCCUUGUUCAGGUGGGUGAUUCUGUGAUGAGGUGGUGUUGAAGGAGUCAGGCGCAGGAGGGUAAAUCACAGAAUAACAGCCUUUAAUCCGCAAAAAUACAGGUUUACGCAGAAAUGCGUCAAACACACACCAGGGCACAAAACAGGUGCACUGGAAAAUACAAGGCACACGGGAAAAUACUCCCGUCGAUACAAAAUACACGCGCUCCACCGAGCUUCACUAACCUCCACAAUAAACAAUCACCCACACUUAUACAAUGACUAAUGAGGGAAUAAGGACCAGGUGUGUGUGAUUGAAGACAAGACAAAUGGAGUGAUGAUAAAUGGAUCGGCAGUAGCUAGUAAGCCGGUGACGCCGAACGCCAAAACCUGCCCGAACAAGGAGGGGAGGCAGCCUCGGCGGAAGUCGUGACAAAGAGGGAUGAAUACUUCCGCAAGGCACUGUAGACACAAUACCCCAUAGUGCCAAAGUGGAAGAAUGUCUUGAGUCAAUAAGUAUUCAACCCCUUUGUUAUGGGAAGCCUAAAUAAAUUCAGGAGUAAAAAUGUGUUUAACAAGUUGCAUAAUAAGUUGCCGGACGCAUUUCGGUAAUGAGAAUUUUGGGUACAGAUUUUCAAAAUUCUGAUGAAAUUUUUUUAUGUAUUUCAAAUAAGACAUUUUCUCAAAAACUAAACAUCUUAGUCCUCAGAAUGAUAGUUGAUUUUUGCAGUUGCAUCAUGGUUUUAUAACACAAUUUGCUACAGACAUUUAAAAACUGGUUUCAUGAGAAUCACCCAAUCGCUACCAAAGGUGAUUCUAACAUGUAUUGACUCAGGGGGUUGAAUACUAAUCAAGAUAUAUAAGUGUUUUUUUAAAAUUAUUAUUAUUAUAUUUUAUUUUUUACAAAUAUUAUAAUUUUUCUUCCACUUUGACAUUAAAGUAUUUUCUGUAGAUCAUUGACAAAAACUGACAAUUAAAUCCAUUUUAAUCCCACUUUGUAACACAACAAAAUGUGGAAAAAGUCAAGGGAUUUGAAUACUUUCUGAAGGCACUGCAGGUAACCUUGAAAUAGAAAUGUAAAGUUUACGGUGUAUAUUGUGGGAAUGUAUGUGUAUGAUGUAUCAGGUGGAGACUAUAGGGGAUGCUUACAUGGUGGCUAGCGGGCUGCCCAUCAGUAACGGCAUGAAGCACGCAUCUGAGAUUUCUACUAUGGCUCUUCACUUCCUGUGUGCCAUCAAGCUCUUCAAGAUUCGCCACUUGCCCAAUCAGAGCUUGGCUCUCCGCAUUGGGAUCAACUCAGGUCAGUAUGUACGAACAACGUGUCAAGUCGAUUACCCAGACAGCGGCUGUCAGCCAUGA